UUGACGAGAUUGACAACACUGGUCAAAAUGGAGGACGUACAGAGAAUUGCCAAGGAUGUGGUAGAGACUGUUGCACCUUACCUGGAAGAUGUCCGGGUGAAAGUGAACACCAGUUGUAGUCAGCUGGAGGGAUGGCAGAUCAUUGCCUACACAUUCGGACUGACACUCAUCCUUGUGUCCAUCUACAACUUCCUGUUUGAUGAGGAGAAAAGUCUAAAAGCAAGAGUCAAAAAGUCGUUCUUCAAAUUUGUGAAGAAUUUGCCAAUCGUGAAAGGUAUGAUACAGAAAGAGGUGGAUAAAAAUGCCAAAGGUGUUCAAGAAAGCUUCCAGAAUGCAACUGGUGGUAUGCCAUACGUUGUCCAACUGCCGAAGAAGGGAAUGUCUGAACAACAGAUCAUGAAAGAAUUGGACAAGUACCAAGCCAUGGUGGAGAUUGAUUGGUCAAAGGGAAAUGUCUCUGGGGCGGUGUACAAUGGCAGCAAUGAGCUCACAGAAAUAAUCACUAAGGCAUACAAGAAGUUUGCUUGGACGAACCCCCUUCACCCCGAUCUGUUUCCAGACAUCAGGAAGAUGGAGGCUGAGGUUGUCCGAAUGUGCUGUACUAUGUUCAACGGGGAUGACAACUCAUGUGGCACGGUGACCUCGGGAGGUACAGAGAGUAUUCUGCUAGCGUGUCUUGCCUACCGCAACAUGGCAAAAGAGAGGGGAAUCAGAUACCCUGAAAUCAUUGCUCCUAUUACAGUUCAUGCGGCUUUUGAUAAGGCAGCAGAUUUUUUCCACAUGAAGCUUACCCAUAUCCCCGUCGACCCGAAGACGUGCAAGGUUGACGUCAACAAGAUGAGACGUGCCAUCAAUAAGAACACCUGCAUGCUGGUUGGGUCGGCCCCGCAGUUCCCACACGGCUCUAUUGACAACUUGGAGGCCAUUGGGGCUCUUGGUGUGCGUUACAACGUCCCAGUCCACACAGAUUGCUGCUUGGGCGGUUUCUUGGUGCCGUUCAUGGAGAAGGCGGGAUUCGAUGUUCCAAUAGUCGACUUCAGGGUGCCAGGUGUCACCAGCAUAUCGGCCGACACGCAUAAGUAUGGUUUUGCCCCAAAAGGAUCAUCCGUGAUCUUGUACCGGAACACAGAAUACCGACGAGGACAGUUCUUUGUUCAACCAGAUUGGCCCGGCGGCAUUUACGCCUCUCCUACCCUUGCAGGUAGCCGAGCCGGAGCCAUCAUUGCCUCAUGCUGGGCGUCCAUGAUGCAUUUCGGAGAAGAUGGGUACGUCGAGACAACGAGGAAGAUCAUCGAGACCACGCGAUACAUCGCGGACAAGCUGUCAAAGAUUGAAGGUAUUUACGUCCUGGGAAAGCCAGAUGUGUCAGUGGUAGCUAUCGCGUCAAAUGACUUCAACAUCUUCCGUCUCUCUGACGCCAUGAACGGACUAGGCUACAGUCUCAGCGCUCUCCAGUUUCCGUCCAGCAUCCAUCUCUGUGUCACCCUUCUCCACACGAAGCCGGGAGCGGCAGAUACGUUCCUUAACAACGUGCGAACAUGCGCAGCCAAGAUCAUGAAAGACCCAAAUGCUAAAUGCGGUGGCAUUGGUGCUAUCUACGGUAUGUCACAGUCCAUUCCUGACAGGUCAAUGGUGUCGCAAAUUGUGGGCCUGUUCCUGGAUGCCUGCUACAACACUAAGGAUCCUGAGGAUAGCGACAAGAAAGUUCAGAAAACUAAUGGGGUGCACUAAUAAAUGAAACAAGAAAAUUAAUGGGGUGCACUAGUAAAUGAAAUGGCAAGAUUAUGAAGUGCAGAAGUAAACGAAUAAAAAAGGGUAUUGGUAAAGAAUGAAAAAAUGUUGGGGUAAAGAACUACUUACUAAAAGAACCAAAAAAAAAUCAUAGGGUACACUUUAAAGUGAAAUAAACAAAUGUUAUGACAGUGAAUAAAAGCACUUUUAGGUGUAACAUGCUUGUAUAGAAAAGGAUUUUUUUUUAAAAAUGAAAGAAAAAGAUUUUUGAUAGAAAUUUGUAUAUAUUUUUGUGCAACAAAGGCAGAGAAUUUAGUUUUGCAAUACUCAAAGAAUGGCUUUUAUACUUACUGUCUGCAGUAUGCCUCAGUAUUUUGAUGUUGUCUUUUUCCUAUAAAUGGCCAAACGCUUUCGAUAGAUAUUAAUUUUUUGUAUUAUUGUGAGAUUAGGUAAUGAAAGGAAAUUUUUGAGUUCUUAUAAUAUUAAAAUUAUCUGCUUUAAGUAAUCAUAGUAUUUGCAUAUUUUUUUUAAAUGGCAACAUUUAUGACUGUUAAUCGAUUAAUUUUAAAUACCACCUAUUUACUAGCAGAAAAAUAAUCAAACUAGCUGUAGCUAUGGAUCAUUCGUGCCAUGAUCGUAUUAAGUAUCAUAUUAUAAUAAAGUGUUUUUGUAUUAAUCAUGUUAAAGAUGCAUUCUUACCCCCAAUUAAGAUUUACCACAAUUAAUACAAUUGUUUAAAUAUACCAAAAAGGAUGAAUACAUUUCAAAAACAAUGGUUCUUAUAAAGGAUACCGAGUUUAAUUUGAACGAAAGGUUCAGAAAACAUGGUAUUUAUAACUUAUGGAAUGAUAAUAGAUCACAGUAAAUCUUUUAGCACCCACCAAUCAUUUAAUAUUUUUGCGCUUUCUGCUCUUAAAUACACAGUUACAAUCUUGUUAUCAGUAAUUAAUCCAUCAAUGCAUUAUUUAGUAAAUUGCUAGAGAUGUAUCACUCAAAAUUUAUGUUUGUUAUACAUGUGUAUGUAUUGAUUUUGAAUUAGAGUGUCACUUUAAUUAAGAACAUACAUGCUCAAAGAGGAAGCAUUUACCAAGCACUGUUAAUUAGUGUCUUAAUAUUUAUGCAAAGAUAUUUUUCAUUUCUUUUUUCAAUCUACGAGGGUUGUCCCAAAAUAGCGUAUUAUUGUUAAAGAACUUGAACUUACUAACAGAUUCAGUUAAACAUCUCUUCAAGUACAUUUACAUUUAUAUACAUGUAAACACACUGGUCUUUUUACUUCAUUGAAUUUUAUCGAUUACCUGUACAACGCUUGAAAUUCAAUUUUUGCAAAAGGGAGAUAUAGCCUACAAGCCCUUGCAAAAAUAAAUAUAAUUUUCUUCAAUCCUCUUACAUAUUAGCCUUGUAUUUAUGUCAAAAAGAGUCAUCUAUUAACAUAAUGGUUAUAAAAUAACAUUCUUUUAUUCCAACUGCUAAGAGAAGAUUUUAUUCAAAAUGUUCGGUUAGGCAACAUACUAACAUUAACGCAGUGUGGGCCAAAAUGCAUCUCUAUAAAGCAUUCAAUUUUGUAUGCACAGCCAUGAAAUUUUCAUGCAGUUUAUAAUCUAUGAAUGAUAAUACUAAAGACUUAUAUAGUUGAUGUAUUGUAUUGUCUAUAUAUUGUCUUUUUAAAACAAAAAUUGUACACUAUUUUGGGCCAACUCUUAUACUUUAAAAAAAAAAUCUUGAAUAUCUAAGCUGUGUAAUAUUUCAUGCACAUAAUGCACAUAUAUAUUUAAACACUUCUAGUUAGUCCUAUUUUUUACUACUUUACUUUCAAAUGUACCUUGUCAAUGUCUUGUCAGGGGCCAAUCUUAGUCAUUGUAUCGAUGGCCUCACUUAAAAUGUCGAAGCUUCAAAAUCCCAUGUUUUUAGUUGAAACGUUUUUAGAAUUUAAUCUUGGUUAUUUGAUCAUUCAUUUUUCUUCAAAAUACCGAAGUUACAAUUUUUCGUAAUUACAAUUUCUGAAGGUUGUUCUUCUCUGGGAUGUCCAAUCAUUGCUUGACAUUUUAUCACAAGAUUUUCUCAUUUAGGCCAUAAAUAUGUUACCUGUAAUUUAUCAUUUCCUUUGUAUGAUAGGAAAUAUGUAGUUGUGGUCUUUUACUUUACGACGGGUUCAACUUUUACUUUAAGAAAUGUUGAUUAUAUGACGAGGGUUUCUAUUUACCGGUAUUAAUGUGUAAGAAUUUGAGUGAUGAAAAGAUAUGUUGAAGGUACGUUCAUCCAGGCCUGGAUAAGCAUGGGAAAAUUAGUUUCAGAUAUAUUAAGAAAGAAGGAUAGUUUUAUCACAAAUCUUAACUUGAAGGAUGAAUUAUUGAAUGAUUAAAUGUGUUUAAAUUGUUUAUAACCAGCUCCGUAAUCAUUUGACAGAAUGCACAUUUAAUAAAGUGUGAAAUAAUUAUAUAAACAGACAGACUUAAAAAUGCAAUACAUAAUUUUCGAGAAUAUUGUUUAACACUGUGAAUUGAAAUUACUCUGGUGUAUGUAAGGUGUAAACAGCUUGAUUAAGAUUUUUUUUUUCAUUUUUGUUUGAGCUGAUUUUUAUCAUUUUGUGCUAUUUCCACAAAUUAAUAAUUUUUUCAUACUAUUUUUUUUCUGAUUGAAGUAUUUUAUUUUUGUUUAAGUUAUUUGUAAGUUGUUUUUGUUGUUUUAUGUUUCUGUUAUAUAUGUAUCUUAUAGUUGACUUCUAAUUGUGUUAAUUCAAGUGAUUGAUUUAUUCAUUAGUUCAUACAUAUAUGAUGAUUUAUUAAGUAGCUUAUACAUAGAUGUCAUCAGUGGACAUUUUGAUGAGCCCUGCAGAGGACAUGAUAUUAUGCCUCAGUAUCGGAGGGCCAUUUCAAGAAAGAUCUUGGUCAAUAUUAGUCGUCAAUUAAAAUGAUCUUAGCAUCAUAUUUUCAUUAUUUAGCUACGUUUUUAGCGAAUUUAACUCUAGCAAGUACAUAAAGUUAAGGAAAUAAAAAAAUCAGUUUGUUGUCAUUUGUGACAUUAAUACAGUUUUAAAAUUAUUGAAGCUAUGACUAAGUAUUUUAUUGAAACGCCCCCUAGACAACUGUUGCUAUUUUUAAGGGACUCUUUCAUAGAUUGAGAAAGUGCAACUUAUGGGGGAAAUAUUUUGCUGGCCUCAAUUGCAAGUAAUGAUAAUUGUUUAUAGUAAUAAUUAAACUAAGUUAUUUGAUGCUUGCAUCAUGCAGGUUUUUUUUUAAAAAGGGUCGUAUCUUAUCUUUGAUGUCGUCGAUGUCGAACUGCGAUUGGGAUUAAAUGAGCAUUUUGAAAAUGGUUUUCCAACCAGCGCAGGUUAGGUUCUCUUGAAAAAAAAAAAAUUGCCAACAUUAUGACAGCUCAGAAUUUUUUUUAGAUAUAAAGUGUUUAUUAGUAUACAGUGCGUUUUGGUGCAGACCUAUAAGACAGUAACUUUAAAAUACAUUGAUAAGUACAAUUGGCAUCGUUGACUUUUAAGCUUUUGAUGGGCUAUUCUCAAAAGGGUUUGAAAGGAGUUUCAGCUGUGCUCGUAUUAUAUAAUUUAAUAUACUUGCAACGUGACUGCCUACGGUAUAUUCCUAAUAUAACAAACUCCCCCGGACCCUUCAUGUUUAUACGAUUCUAUGUUUGGCAAGUUGACAAUUGGAUUUGAACUGCAUCUGGGUUACUGAGUAUAGCUUAGUUUUUGUGAAUUUCACUGACAAAUUCCAACUUUCUUUCUUCAAGCUCUUGCAUUUAUUCCUUAUAUUUAUUAUUCGUCUACUAGAAAGAGUCACCACAUCAUUGUUCCGUGAUUUAUAUCUGACAGUAAAUAAUGAUAAAUAUUACUUGAUAAAACUUUUAAAAAAAAGGACCGUAUGUCUAUAAUACAUGUAUGAUUCAUAUAAAAAAUGAUUGUUUUUGAUAAUUUUUUGGAUAAAAUUGUUCAUCAUUUACAUACUUGUAGUUAGCUUUUUAAAUUGUCUGUAUAUAAUGGACCGAUUGUUCAGAAUUUGUUAAAGCUAAUAAUGUUAUUAAAGUCAUCGUUGUUAACUUUCAAAUCGUUACUGCUCUGGAAGUUUAAUAAAGACCCCCAAGUGAUCGAUAGUAUCACUAACAAGGUAAGAGACAACUACUUAAGCUGUACCUGUUUUAUUUAGAAAUACAUAAGCACAUUUAAAAAAAUUAUACAUUUAGAAGGUAACGACGAUGUUGUUAAUCUAAUUGUUAACUUUAACAAAGUUCUGAACAAUUGGCCUUAUAUUGUUGUUUUGAUUUAUUUUAUAAUCAUGAUGUCUACACAAAUUACCAUGACUCGGAUUUAUUUGUAGCCCCUCCUGUAGUCAUUGUUUUUUGUUAUAUUUUAUUACGGAAUUAAGGGGUUGGGAUUUUAAAGAAGGCAAGUAAAGAAAGGAAAGGGUAACGCCAAACCAGCUAUUUAUUGGUUGUUGCUAUAAAACAUUAUUUUUUGGUAUUGAAAAACUGAACUAAAAAUCGUGUCAUACUAAAUACAGUAGAGAUAUGUAAUAAAAAGAUAUGCCAAGUUAUAGCAGUCUUUAAAUAGGGGUUCUAAAAUUCCUGAUUAAGGGGCUCAAGGGGCAAUUCUUUUUAAGUUGGGAGGGGUAAGCUUGGUCUUAAGGUCUCCGGGAUGCAUUUCAGGUCUCGGGAAUACCCCAAAAUAUUUUCAUAACUUAACACAGUUGGGGCUUAAGUCCCCACACCCCUGGCAAUUUUUCAGAGUUAAUUAUUAGCCGUUCAGCCCCCUGUUUAAAAUUGUUAUUGUGAUAUUUAUUUGUUAUCUGAUGUGAAUGGUUGAUUGACAAAAUUCUCCCAUAACCGGCGACUAAUCUCUCCAUUAUUUUAAAGUGAACAAAUUCCACUUGUAACUUGUAAGAGUCUUUGCAAUUUUUUUAGUGUAAUAGUAGUUAAUUGUUAACAUCAUACGAAAAAAAGAAAAUUACUAUUAUUAUUUUCAGUCUGACAAAAUCUACGAACAAAAAUAUAAAGGACCUUGUAUCAAGUUUCAAAACAUUGGGGGAUUUUUCCGUAUUACUCAAAAACUGGUGUUUUCGGGCGUGGGAAGGGUUUUCAGGGAGUUUUUCGUCUUUACCUGGACUUUAACUGUACAUGCCAUUUCAAUGCAAGCUCAUUUUACCAUCUGAUUCCUGUUUUUCUUCUACACAAUUGUAUAAUUUAUUGUUACAUUGAUUGGAUGUCUUGUUUUUUUAAAAAGGAAAGAAGAGUUUUUUGCGCAAGAAGGAGUCACCUUAUUAUACGCUUUCCAAAAUCACAAUGCAAUGUCCUCCAAAUAUUCACUUUUUCUGUUUGUUUUAGCUCAUCUGACUAAAAGUAAAGGUAUUGUCAUUUUAAGCUUUGGUGUAAAAAUGUCAGCAUCAACAUAGUGCAAAAACAUUACCUUUCACAUAACAGGGAAACACUCAAGAAAUUCAAUUAAAACUUGUUAAACAUGUUGCCAGAGAUAAUAUGAAAAUGCAUAGCAAAGCCAUUAACUCUGACUAAAAAAAUUGUCCAUUUAUGCCCCUAUUUCAUCUUAAAAAAAAAAAGCGAACGAGAGUUGGUUUUUAGCUCCUAAGCAAACCAUUCAUUUGAAAAAGGGAUGCAUAAUGGUUUCAUAUAUGUCUGAAAAUCAUUAUCAAACACAUAAUGAUAUUAUUAUUAUUAUUAUUAUUAUUAUUAUUAUUCAAGAGUCAUUUGGGAUGACCAAAAUUACAAUCAAGGACUUUAAACCAAGCAUUUGUAGUGACCAAAAUUACAAUCAAGGACUUUAAACCAAGCAUUUGUAAUGACCAAAAUUACAAUCAAGGACUUUAAACCAAGCAUUUGUAAUGACCAAAAUUACAAUCAAGGACUUUAAACCAAGCAUUUGUAAUGACCAAAAUUACAAUCAAGGACUUUAAACCAAGCAUUUGUAAUGACCAAAAUUACAAUCAUGGACAAAUCAACACUUAUUAAUAUGAUAAGAGACAUUGGUUUUGAAAGAAACAAUUAAAAAAAAAAGAAAAAGAAAAUCAAAAUGAGCAGUUUUAUAAAUAUUUAUGAUGAGCAUACAAGUUUCAUAUUAUUAGAAUAUUAUAUAAGGAAGUCUGACAAUAGGGUUUUUGACAUUUUCAUGUAAUUUCAUCCUUAGUAAAUGUCUAGUCUUUUUUGUUAUUAACAACUUUCAUAAUCAGACAAGUCACAUUAAAAGUCAUAUGACCCCUUGUGUAUGUUGUUAUCUCAAUGGUGAUUUUUCUUUGACCUUUGACCUUGACCUUUUCAAUGUGUAAAGUCAAGUUCAAGGUAAGGUUUUUGAGCUCUGUGUGUUGAGGCAUUUCUAAUAAGCUAUUCUCUAGUCAUGUGAUUCCAUAUGGGGAGUCAAGUUCAAAGUCAUCUACAGUAACUCGUAAUAUCUAGCAAUAUCUUGGGCUUUCUAUGUGAUAUAGACAUUGUCCAUUCCUUUCUUGCAUGGCUUUGUUUCAUGCAGUGUUGUUGUUCCCAUACUGUCAUCUGUAUCAGUAUGACCUUGACAUAUCUUUAAUUUUGUUCAUGGUACGAUAAAUUGUGCUGAAACAUAAACAAUACGUAUCUUUAUUUAUGUUCAUGGUACCAUAAAUUGUGCUGAAACAUAAACAAUUCUGCUUGGCAGUUAUUUAUGAGCCAAUAAAGUGUUGUUCAGCACAAAUGGUUAUUAAGGGCUUUUAAGCCUUGAUGCUAUAGAAACAUAUCUUUAUGUUGGUCUGAGUCAACAGAGUUACAAUAUGUUUAACUUUUUGAAUGUUUACAUGCAUACUGUAUGUUACAAGUCUCCAGUCUUUACAACAAACGGCUUAAACUCUGAAUGUUAGUUUUUGAUAAGAAACUGAUAAAUUUUAUGAGAAAAAUUGAAACAUUAUAGAAAAAUAUACAGUAAUUCCAUGGUGCAAUAAUAUUUUAUUGAAUGGGCAUUUAAACUAUGUAAAUUAUUUUUAAGAACCUUAGCAUGUGAUAGAUAUUUGUUCCUAAACAUUAUUGGCAAUGGUGGAAUUUUACACUUACAAUAAAAAUAGUGGUUUGUUUUAAACUUAUGAUUGGACAGGUCAGUCCUGAGAGAAAUGGUGCUUUUAUUAUAUAAUUUUAUAUUCAUGUUCCAUGUAUUUCUUAAUUAUUCAAUCACGCUACUUCAAUCAUAAUAUUUUCAUUUCCCUCAAUUCUAGGAAAUGAAAAUACUUCUAAUAUUUUGUUGAAUUCCAUUUGUGUGCGUGCAUAAUACUUAUAACCAAAAUUAAUUCAUAUCUAUAAAUGCUAAGUAUUACAUUGGUUUGUCAAAAAUUGAAUUAAUUCUUAUGGCAAUCUGAUUAAAAGCAUAUCCUAACAAAAGCUCUGCCAUAAGAAUCUGAGGUCAUCUACCCAUGACCUUUCCAUCAGCCAAUCAGAGCCCUUCGUAUGCUUAGUUGUAAUAAAAAAUGCAGUUAUAUUUAUAUCAAUAUUUUGCUGGGAAUCCAAAAUUGUUUUGGAGAUUCAUAUUUAAAGACUUAUCCACAAUCUUGCUUACAUGCUUGAAUAGAUAGAGGGCACAACUUUAUAUCAAAUGACCCUGGGUUUUUUUCAAUUACACUGUAUUUUAAAUAGAUCAAUUUUGUUAAUCUAUUUGUGUAUUAUUGGCAACAAAUGUUGAUGCUGACUAUGUUUCAUUUUGAAAAAAGAGAUGAACAAAGAUUAUAAGUACUGUAAUACAUAAUGCGUAACUGACAUUUUAAACAGAUGAGCUUAAAAUAGCAACUGUAAGGUCUGUGUAAUAUCUUUCAGUUAGCAAAUAAGGUCAUGACUUCUGUCAGUUUGUUAUGAUAGGAUUUAAGACUAGCAUAAAUGCUUAUAUACAAUAUCCAACUUUGCACUUCUUUUGUAUAAUUGUAUCAAAACAAAAGUUUAUGUAUUUUAAAGUUGAAUCAUAUAACCUUUUCAUGUUUGAUUUUCUGUUAUGCAGUUGCAUUAUAUUACUAAUUUCUUAGCUUACAUUUGAUAUUAUUAUUGUAUUUUGUGAUUGAUUUGGAAGAAAUAUUUCAUGUACAAAAUUAUGCUGUCAAUUUCAAUUGUAAUUAGCUUCAAAUUUGUCAUUUGUAAUUUUAAAUAGAACAGAUACAUUUUUUUUCUGAUUAGGGACCUUUUUGUAAUGAUGUGAACUAUUGUAUCAAUGUUGUAAGAGAAAUGACGUGAAAUGAGAAAUAAAUAUCCUUAUUAAUACAA